UGCGCUUUGUGGCGCUGCCGGAAGCCGCGGCGGGGCGCGGGGCCGAGCGGAGCGGGGCAGCGCGGAGCGGUGUCUCCCCUGGGUCGCCGCGGCCGCCAUGGAGCCGGCGGCCUGAGGGCGGAGCGGCUGGCCCUGCCCCGACAUGCCCGCCGGGCCCUUCGGCGCAGGUGUUAUUUGGACUGUAGCAUAGAGGCACUAUGUACUCAGAGUGGAGAUCCUUGCAUCUUGUCAUUCAGAAUGAUCAGGGUAAUACCAGUGUACUUCACAGCUAUCCUGAGAAUGUGGGGAGAGAAGUGGCAAACGCAGUGGUGCGUCCUCUCGGACAAGCUUUAAUUACAUCAUCUGUUGGAAGUGAGAGUCUACUAAAAACAGACAAAGAAGUAAAAUGGACAAUGGAGGUGGUUUGCUAUGGCCUGACUCUCCCUCUGGAUGGAGAUACUGUGAAGUACUGUGUCGAUGUCUACACAGAUUGGAUUAUGGCUCUUGUAUUACCGAAGGACUCCAUUCCUUUGCCAGUCAUUAAGGAACCAAACCUUUAUGUUCAAAGCAUUCUCAAACAUCUCCAAAAUCUCUUUGUACCAAGGCCAGACCCAGGAUCUAGUCAGAUUAGAUUGUGCUUGCAGGUUUUGAAAGCUGUCCAGAAAUUGGCUCGUGAAUCGACGAUUAUGGCAAGAGAAACCUGGGAGGUUUUGUUAUUAUUUCUUCUUCAAAUCAAUGACACUCUUCUAGCGGCUCCAACUGUGCAAGGUGGCAUUGCCGAGAAUCUGGCUGAGAAGUUAAUUGGUGUGCUGUUUGAGGUGUGGUUACUGGCUUGUACACGGUGCUUCCCAACACCACCUUACUGGAAAACUGCCAAAGAGAUGGUGGCCAACUGGCGACAUCACCCUGCGGUGGUUGAGCAGUGGAGCAAGGUCAUCUGUGCCCUUACUUCCAGAUUGCUGCGCUUUACGUACGGACCUUCCUUCCCUCCCUUCAAAAUUCCCGAUGAAGAUGCUGGUCUGAUCCCUCCUGAGAUGGACAAUGAGUGCGUUGCACAAACGUGGUUCCGCUUUUUACACAUGCUGAGUAAUCCUGUGGAUUUGAGUAACCCAGCCAUUAUUAGCUCUACCCCCAAAUUUCAGGAGCAGUUUCUGAAUGUGAGUGGGAUGACUCAAGAACUGAAUCAGUACCCCUGCCUUAAACAUCUGCCUCAAAUAUUCUUUCGUGCCAUGCGUGGGAUCAGCUGUUUAGUGGAUGCGUUCCUAGGCAUUUCCCGCCCGCGGUCAGACAGCGCACCGCCCACGCCAGUGAACCGGCUGAGCAUGCCCCAGAGCACUGCUGUCAACACCACUCCCCCCCACAACCGCAGGCAUCGGGCAGUGACUGUCAACAAAGCAACGAUGAAAACCAGCACUGUAACUACUGCACAUACUGCAAAAGUGCAGCACCAACCCUCCUCUACUUCUCCACUCUCUAGUCCAAACCAGACAAGUUCUGAGCCACGGCCACUGCCAGCUCCUCGCAGGCCAAAAGUUAACAGCAUCUUGAAUCUCUUUGGAUCGUGGCUAUUUGAUGCAGCAUUUGUUCACUGUAAACUUCAUAAUGGAAUAAACAGAGACAGCAGCAUGACUGCUAUAGCAACUCAAGCCAGUGUGGAGUUCCGCAGGAAAGGAUCCCAAAUGUCCACAGACACAAUGGCUUCCAACCCCAUGUUUGAUGCGAGUGACUUCCCAGACAACUAUGAAGCAGGAAGGGCAGAGGCAUGUGGGACACUCUGUAGGAUUUUUUGUAGCAAGAAGACCGGGGAGGAAAUAUUACCAGCUUACCUAUCCCGAUUUUACAUGCUUUUAAUACAGAGUUUGCAGAUAGCAGAUUUCAUUUGCCACCCUGUGCUUGCCAGUGUUAUUCUAAACUCCCCUCCUUUGUUCUGCUGUGACCUGAAAGGGAUUGAUGUCGUGGUUCCCUAUUUCAUUUCGGCUCUUGAAACCAUUUUGCCUGACAGAGAACUCUCAAAGUUUAAAAUCUAUGUAAACCCCACAGAGCUAAGAAGAGCUUCAAUAAACAUCUUGCUGUCUCUGUUGCCUCUCCCUCAUCACUUCGGAACUGUAAAGUCUGAGGUUGUCCUGGAAGGGAAGUUCAGCAACGAUGACAGCUCAACAUAUGAUAAGCCAGUAACCUUCCUUUCCUUGAAGCUGAGGCUUGUGAAUAUACUUAUAGGAGCUUUGCAAACGGAAACAGAUCCCAACAACACUCAAAUGAUACUAGGUGCAAUGUUAAAUAUUGUUCAGGAUUCAGCUCUGUUGGAAGCCAUUGGCUGUCAGAUGGAAACAAACGGUGGUGAGACUAACGUCUUCAAAAGCCACAGUCGUACUAACAGUGGCAUUAGCACUGCAAGUGGAGGCAGCACAGAGCCCACAACACCAGACAGUGAGAGACCAGCACAAGCCCUUCUGAGGGAUUAUGCUCUUAACACAGAUACAGCUGCUGGACUACUGAUACGCAGCAUUCACCUGGUAACCCAAAGGCUCAACUCGCAGUGGAGGCAGGACAUGAGCAUCUCGCUGGCUGCACUGGAGCUUCUGUCUGGGCUGGCAAAGGUGAAGGUGGUGGUGGACUCCUCUGAUAGGAAGAGAGCCAUCAGUUCAGUGUGCAGCUACAUCGUGUACCAGUGCAGCCGUCCAGCCCCACUCCACUCCCGUGACCUUCACUCGAUGAUCGUUGCAGCUUUCCAGUGCCUCUGUGUCUGGCUCACUGAGCACCCUGACAUGCUGGAUGAGAAGGAUUGUCUAAAAGAAGUACUGGAGAUUGUGGAGUUGGGCAUUUCGGGAAGUAAAUCCAAAAACAGUGAGCAAGAGGUCAAGUACAAAGGCGAUAAGGAGCCAAACCCUGCAUCCAUGAGAGUGAAGGACGCUGCUGAAGCGACACUAACGUGUAUUAUGCAGUUACUUGGAGCAUUUCCUUCUCCCAGUGGCCCUGCUUCUCCUUGCAGCUUGGUGAAUGAAACCACGUUAAUUAAAUAUUCCUGCCUCCCUACCCUGAACAAGCACAGCUUCCGCUACUUCGUUUUGGACAACAGUGUCAUCCUGGCCAUGCUGGAGCAGCCUCUGGGCAAUGAACAGAAUGACUCUUUCCCCUCUGUCACGGUUUUGAUCCGUGGGACAUCUGGAAGAUUUGCAUGGGCCCAGCAACUCUGUCUUUUACCAAGAGGAGCUAAAGCAAAUCAAAAGACUUUUGUCCCAGAACCUCGACCAGCUCCCAAAAAUGAUGUUGGGUUGAAAUACAGCGUGAAGCACCGGCCUUUUCCUGAAGAAGUGGACAAGAUCCCCUUUGUGAAAGCUGACUUGAGCAUUCCUGAUUUGCAUGAAAUUGUGAAUGAGGAGCUCGAGGAGCGCCACGAGAAGCUGAGGAACGGCAUGGCCCAGCAGAUUGUUUUUGAGACUUCCAUAGAUCAGAAGAGUGAAGAGGAGUGGCAGAAGAAGAGCUUCCCCGACCCGGUGACGGAGUGCAAGCCCCCGCCACCCGCACAGGAGUUCCAGACAGCGCGCCUCUUCCUCUCCCACUUCGGCUUCCUCUCACUAGAGGCACUGAAGGAACCCACUAACAGUCGUCUACCUCCUCACCUGAUUGCACUUGACUCUGCUCUUCCUGGGUUUUUCGAUGACCUUGGCUACUUGGAUUUACUACCAUGUCGUCCCUUUGAUACUGUUUUCAUCUUCUACAUGAAGGCAGGCCAGAAAACAAGCCAGGAGAUCCUGAAGAACAUGGAGUCUUCCAGGAUUGUUCAGCCACACUUCCUGGAGUUCUUGCUGUCCCUUGGCUGGUCCGUUGAUGUGGGGAAGCACCCUGGGUGGACUGGCCAUGUCUCAACAAGCUGGUCAAUCAAUAGCUGCAGUGAUGAAGAGGGACUUGAACAAGAUGAUCUAAUUAUUACAGAAGAUGUUGGGGCAAGUAUUUUCAAUGGGCAGAAGAAGGUGCUGUAUUAUGCAGACGCCCUGACAGAAAUAGCUUUUGUUGUCCCAUCAGCUGUGGAAUCCCUAACUGAUUCACUGGAAAGCAAUGUCUCUGACCAAGAAAGUGACUCCAACAUGGAUCUGCUGCCAGGAAUAGUCAAGCAGCCAUCUCUGACACUUGAACUCUUCCCCAAUCAUACAGACAAUCUCAACCCCUCUCAGCGGCUCAGUCCUACAUCCAAAUCCAAGAGGGGGCCUCAGGGCAGGACCAUUCCACCGAUGGGACCUGAAACCAAAGUGUAUGUGGUCUGGGUGGAGCGUUACGAUGAUAUCGAAAACUUCCCCCUCCCUGAUCUGGUGUCUGAGACCACCACUGGUGUGGAAACUACAGCCAAUAGUAGCACUUCCCUAAGAUCUACCAUUCCUGAGAAGGAAGUCCCUGUGAUCUUCAUCCAUCCUUUAAACACUGGCUUGUUCAGGAUAAAACUGCAAGGAGCAACUGGGAAAUUCAAUAUGGUUAUCCCCUUGGUGGAUGGAAUGAUAGUCAGUAGGAGAGCUCUUGGUUUUCUAGUGAGACAGACAGUCAUAAAUAUCUGUCGGAGGAAGAGGCUGGAAAGUGACUCGUACAACCCGCCGCACGUCCGGCGGAAACAGAAGAUAGCAGACAUUGUCAAUAAGUACAGGAACAGGCAGCUGGAGCCAGAGUUUUAUACCUCACUUUUCCAGGAGGUUGGGCUCAAGAACUGCAACCCCUAGGUCGGUAUCCUUCCAGGACAAUUAGAUCAGAGCUUGGUGGCAGUUACAAAACCAAGAGCGCCGCAUUUCCUCGGCCUUGCGGAGUUUGGGAGGUGGUGUUGUAGCAGGAGGCAGCAGAUUCCUGUGGGAGGGAGGAAUGGGACGUGAAUCCAAAACACUGCAGUUGGGAUAUUGACUGAACUCACCUACCCUCAAAAGAGCUCUUAAUUCUGGUCUUCCUGGAUGCUAGCAACGUAAUCUCUUCACCCAAUCAUCUACUCCAAACUAAUUAAGAACUGUGUCUCAUUCUGUGAGAGGAAAACAAUCAAAGCAAAGCCAUCUCUGUAUAUAAGGAUGGAAAACAAAGUGCAAACACACCUGCCUUGAGACAUCUCACGACACCCCUGUGUUAAAGGAGACAGGAGCAGGGACUCUUCUUUGAGGAGAGGGUCUGCUUCAGAGCAUUUACCGGCCCUGCAAGAACCUACAAGACAUUUUCACCCCCCUUCUGAGCUCAGCAGAAGAUCCUUUGCUGCUUUCUUAGCCCAUCUACGUACCAAAAGCAAGAGGAGGAAGAUUGCUUGGGAAACAUCAGGCUGUGAAAGAUGCAGCCACUGGGUUGUGUUUGACAUUUCCCUCUGUGGCUGGGAGCAGGUCUGCACAGGGACCUGCUGUCACCCUGACAGCAACCAGCACCUGAAGUUACCUGACUUGCCAACACAAGUCAUUGCUGGAGGAGAGCUCUUGGUGGUGUCAGAAUGAGGUGAUGAUGAUCAGGGCUGUUGCAAAAUGUCACCUUUUAAAUUUUAGUAGCUUCAUUUUUUAAUUGUUUUUAUGCAAGUCCCGAAUUUGUUUGGCAGUGUCUGUGUCACCUACUCACUGUUUCCAGAAAAAGCAGAAGCAUCACUUGCUUUCCUUCCAUUGGACUGAAAUCUGAGAUUCUGGGGCUGCUGCCUGCCUGAUAUUUAUAGCCUGAGCAGUUUUCACAGCUUCUACAACACUUUGCAGAAGCUCCUGUUAAACAGCCUAAAACAACUCAAACAGCAAGUGCAGAAAUUCUUCCUUUCCCCUGUUCAUUCUGUGAAAGCCCCUUCGGGGUUCCAGCCUCAGGUGGCUUUGCAGCUCCUGGUGCUCAGCAGCAGCAGUUCCCUCACCCCCAGGGCACCAAUUGCAGACUGUGUUUUCUUAUGUUGGGGACCUUAAGGAUGUGCUGGGCAAAGCUGUCCUCAGCUCCCAGUCUGACCCUUGGCGUGGGCAGCCCUGGGAGCUGCUCCCAGCUCCUGUCACAGUGGGGGAUGAGAUUUGGGGUCCUUUUGCCUUCCAGCACGCAGGUAAUGUCAGAGUGGGUGUGAGUUGGGGUGGGGGAGCCCCUCACCUGCUUCCACAAGUGGCUUUGUUGGUUUAGGAGGUGCACUGCACUGAUCCCUGUCAGUCACUUACUUUUGGUGUUCCAGAGUCACUUUUUGUGCAAUGGUUUUGAGCUGAGAGAGUCUUAAUGGUUUCACUACAGCUUCCCUGCUGAGAACAUACCCUCAUCCUGACUUUCCAUGGGCUUCUUCCCAAAGAGCUAAUGGAAACACAGGCUCCUAAAACACAGUGAAAGGACUUUUAGGGUGUCAGCCAGAGGGGCUUUGAGUGAGUGUGCUUGUAGUGAGGGAUAAGCAUGGUAGGCUCUCUGCUCAGGAGCUCUGGUGGUUGAUCCAGAUGAGCCACACGUGCAAGAGUGAGACCACAUAAAGGAAGAAAGCACACUGACCUGAGCAGCAGGGCUGGGCCAGGCUGGGGUGAGGCCCUGGGGCCACAGGGCUGGAGGAGCUUGGGAGGCAGAGCUGUGAAGGACACCAGGGCAGCUUCACUCCUCUGCCACUCCCUUGCCCCUAUCAGGUGAGUGCACAGACACUAAAUUUACCCACACUUUGUAUGUACCUAUUGGAAUGGCCACACACUUUACUGCCUGGGUCUAGAGGGCACAACCACUGCAUGUGUAACAAAGAACCGCCAUGAGCAAGCUGCUGUCUGCACAGUGUCAGGGGGCUCAGGGGCCCCAGCCUGGGCCUGGGGAGCUGGGGAAGACCCCACUCAGGCCCUGGGCACAGCCAGCAGGGUGAGAUGGGGGCACUGGGGGGAACCCAGACUGCCCUCCCCAACAACCCAGCCAGCCCCCAGGCUGCCUGCAGCAUUGCUGCUCCCAGAGCUCUGUCUGGGCUGGAGGAGAGGCCUGAGCCAGUUUCCCUGUUGGUCCAGAGUGUGGGCACAGUGCUCCCGGGGCCAGGAGUAGCUUGCAGGAGCCCUGAGAGGUGACUUUAGGGUCUUACUGAUGCUGCUGGCAUUGGGAUAGGGCUGGUUCAGGUGGGAGCACACAGCUGGGGUGGGGCCUGGCCAUGGGGGCUGCCUCUGGCCCUUGCUGGGGUACCAGCAUGGAACUGGGUGUUGAGCAUGGAAACGUGGCAGGGCCAGAACCGUGGGCUCAGCCCGCUGGGCUGGGGGCUGCAGCAGCGGCUGCCCCUGGCAGAGCCGGGCGGGGGGAAUGUCCCUCCUGUGCACAGGCAGGUCUGUCACCACAGCCAAAAGUGUGGGAAAACAAUGGGAGGGUGAAAUUCUGGUCCUGGCAAAGCUGGUGGCCCAACUCUGGUGGCUUCACCAGUCCAAGGUACAGCCUCGAGCUUUUUGUUUUCCACACAAGGGUCACAGCAAGUGAGAUUUAUUUCAGUUGUGAUUGCAGGACUGUGUUAAGAAGAGAGACUCUUCCCCCCACGCUUCAGCUUUCAGCUCUGGGUCUGGGGGCUGUGCUGAGGUGGCUUAGUGCAGGGGCCACAAGAGCCCGAGGUGCAGGCAGGGGGUAAGGGCUGCAGUGGGGCUGCUCUGCUCCCAGAGCUGGCUGGCUGGGGUCAGAAUGCUGCUCUGAACAAGGGCAUUCUUCCAAGGGGACCCUGGGAAACACACUGCUGAAAGCACAGGCGUUGCAGUACCUUAAUAGAGCCUCUCUUAGAGACAGUUGUUGGAGGUAGUUUUGUAAGCAGCUCUGCAGCGGGAGCAGGGAGGGGGCUGGGGAGGGCUGUGGGCAGCAGCACGGGGGUGACGGCGCUUCUGCCAUCCCAGAACUAAACCCAGCAGCCAGAUUGGAUGUGAGGUACUGGUUGUGUAACUGGGGGCUGGCUCUGAAGGCAAACAUGGGCCCUUUCCACAUGGGUUUGAGCAGAAGCAGGGAGCACCAGACACCAUGUGCUUUGAGCCACACACAGUUUCUCUGGGUUUCUGUAUGUUGCCAAGACAUGAUCUUUUUGUUCCUCUUGUAUUUUAAUGUAAAUAUUCCUGGCUCUCAGUUGUAAAGUAAAGGCAAACUGUAAAUAUGAAGAUGUGAACUAUGUUCCCUUGUCUCUAGUACUUUAUCUCUUACUGUUGAGGGACGGCACACAAAGGCUUGUUUGUAUUUAUGCCAACUCUUUGUCCAGGAGAAACACAUCAAAUACUGAAUGUAACACAAUUAGUCCAAUAAAUUUUAAAGAUUCUUAUCUAGUAA